ACCAUGGAAGCCAUUGAUGGUGGGAAGCUUUUUUCCAAUGCCUACCUAAUGGAUUUAGGUGCCUGUGUCCAAACAUUACGCUACUUUGCAGGCUGGGCUGAUAAAAUCCAUGGGCGUACUAUUCCAAUGGAUGGAAACUUUUUUACCUUUACAAGACAUGAGCCUAUUGGUGUGUGUGGCCAAAUUAUUCCUUGGAACUUCCCGUUGAUUAUGUUUGCCUGGAAGGUAGCCCCUGCCCUUUGUUGUGGAAACACGGUGGUUGUCAAGCCAGCAGAACAGACUCCACUGACUGCCCUUCACAUGGGAUCCUUAGUUAAAGAGGCAGGAUUUCCACCUGGAGUUGUGAACAUCGUGCCAGGCUUCGGCCCCACUGCUGGAGCAGCAAUUUCUCACCACAUGGAUGUAGACAAAGUGGCUUUUACAGGCUCUACAGAGGUUGGAAAACUGAUUAAAGAAGCAGCAGGCAAGAGCAAUCUGAAGAGAGUUACUUUGGAACUUGGAGGAAAAAGUCCUAACAUUAUAUUUGCAGAUGCAGACUUGGACACCGCUGUGGAAUCGGCACAUCUUGGUCUGUUCUACCACCAGGGACAGUGCUGUGCAGCAGGAUCUAGAAUAUUUGUGGAAGAGCCUAUUUAUGAUGAAUUUGUUCGACGGAGCAUUGAACGAGCAAAGAAGUACACUCUUGGGAACCCUCUGUUGCCUGGUGUGCAGCAAGGCCCUCAGAUCGAUCAGGAGCAGUUUCAAAAAAUCCUGGAUCUCAUUGAGAGUGGGAAAAAAGAAGGAGCCCAACUGGAAUGUGGAGGAGGUCGAUGGGGAAACAAAGGUUACUUCAUCCAGCCCACGGUUUUUUCCAACGUCACAGAUGAUAUGCGCAUCGCCAAAGAAGAGAUAUUUGGACCU